CGACCAGGGUUGCAAUUUCAGAUGUCGAUAAAUUCGCAAACAGCUGUUCUGUGUUUAUGUACGUUUAAUUUGUUGUCAAAAUGUCCGAAAGAAAAAGAAUUCGAGGGAAAAACUUUAGCGAGCGCGAGGAACAUGUUCUCAUUGAUCUGGUGCUGUCGAAGAAGGACAUUCUGCAGGACAAGAAGAAGGAUUCCAAAACCUGGCAAAGAAAGGCAGCAUGCUGGGAGCAACUGGCCAAGGAUUUUCAGGCGCAAACGGGGACACAGCGUACUUGUUCCACCCUGCGGGAAAAAUACGAUAAUAUGAAGAAAAACUCCCGGAACAAGUACAGAGGCGUUAAAAAUUGGGACAAGGAAAGGGAAUCCUCUGCUGCGGAAAACUCAUGGUGUUCCAGGACCUCAGUGUCGGAGAGCCGUGACAGGCGUCUAGUAAACAACACCACUCCGCUGGAAAACCAGUUUGACAGUGAUGGAAAUUUUCAAUUAAUAAAUGUAGCCAAAGAAGAAAAUCCCUCAAUCAGCUCACAGAACUCAGAUACCUCUCAACUACUGCACGUAAGUUGAAAGAACAUAUUUAAA